GAUUAUCUUCCUUGGUGAAGAGAGAACCAGUUCCAAUGGCGACUUCACUUCUCUCUCCUCUCUAUGCUCCGGCAAUCGACGCCUCUGAACUUGGUUCCACUUUUCCCAAAAGCUCAUUUCUUUGCGGUUCCGACUUCCCUUGGCCACCACCAUCUGUAUCCACUAGGUCCGGUGCAGUUCGGCGGCGCUGUUUUAAGUCUCUGGUGUCCGCAAAGAUGUCCAUGGAUCAUAUACCGAAGCAGUUCAGAGAAGAUAACCUGAAAGAUGGAUUGAUGGACAAUUACAAGAAUGUUCCUCAGUAUCUUUACGGUCUUAGUUCUUCUCAGAUGGAUAUGUUCAUGUCCGAAGAUAAUCCUGCCCGCAGACUGUCUGAAAAAGUGACAGAGGAUAGCAUCUCAUCAGUUAAUAAUUAUUUGAACCAUGGAGGCAUGUACAGUCUUUCAGGCACGUCCGAUAGCCAAGCACAGUGCAGCAUGAGUGUAAGCAUGUACCGUGCAGGAGCCAGAGGAGGAGGAGGAGGAUAUGGAAGACCAAGGACUGCUCCUCCCGAUUUGCCCUCUUUGCUCUUAGAUGCUAGAAUCUGCUACCUUGGGAUGCCGAUUGUGCCAGCAGUAACUGAGCUUCUUGUCGCUCAAUUUAUGUGGCUAGACUAUGAUAGCCCAACAAAGCCAAUAUAUCUGUAUAUAAACUCUUCGGGGACACAGAACGAUAAGAUGGAAACAGUUGGAUCUGAGACAGAGGCAUAUGCUAUUGCUGACAUCAUGGCUUAUUGCAAAGCCGACGUCUAUACAAUUAACUGUGGCAUGGCUUAUGGCCAAGCAGCGAUGCUUCUUUCUCUUGGAACCAAGGGCUUCCGGGCUUUACAACCAAAUUCUUCAACCAAACUUUAUCUUCCUAAAGUUAAUAGAUCAAGUGGAGCUGCUAUAGAUAUGUGGAUUAAGGCAAAAGAGCUAGACGUAAACACUGAUUACUACCUCGAGCUGUUAUCAAAAGGUACCGGGAAAUCAAAGGAGGAAAUUGCUAAAGAUAUACAACGUCCAAAAUAUAUGCUAGGACAAGAAGCCAUUGACUAUGGCAUUGCAGACAAGUUGAUUAACUCAAGGGAUAAUGCCUUUGAGAAACGGAAUUAUGAUGAGCUGCUUGCACAGUCGAAAGCAAUGAAGAGGUCAGCUGGAGCUGGAUCUCAAGCUGCUCCUACUGCGUUUAGGUAAAAAGAUAUCGCAAUAGUCUCGCACCAAACAGGGCCUAAGUGUAAGACCCUAUAACUGUUUUGUAGUUUUUUUUCUUUUUCUUUUCACAAUGGUGGUGUAUACGUGGACGAUUUUGAUUAUGAUAAUGUUCUUAGUAAUGAUCAGAUAUUUGUUUCUAGUAAACUUUUCAUACAUUUAUCAUUAGGAAUGAAUACUAAAUGCAUUUUCAAUGUUUUAUUUGGUUAUUUUGU